AUGGGGUCUAUGAUGCAUAAAUCACUUUCCUUGUUCUUUAAAUUAUGGGAGAGAAUUUUUUCAGCUCCAGAUGUGGGGGAGAUAUGGGCGCAGACUGAACAUAUGGAUGUGAUAAGCAGCGAGUACAAAUGCUCAGAAGCCACAUGUACUGUGUGCAGAGAGGAAUAUGUUUCACACUGGGAAUUUCUUGCCUUGGGUUUGUCGGUUCCACACAAACAGCAGCAAAACCGCCUCGUGGAGCUCUGUGUAAAGCUUUUCAUAUGAGGACGAGGCUUUUUUCCUGGACAGCGGCCAUAUAUACGACUCCAUCAGAUUGCAGGAAACCAUGGAACUGAUGUUCAUUCGGAUACUUGUUCUUUUUGUGCUAUAUACAGAUACAAACAGCCAGGGUGAAGCCCAAGACUCCAUAAUGGUGCGUUACAUUGAAAGCCGCGUCGUUUCUCUGGAGGACAGACUGUACAAAUGUGAACAAGUCCUGCACCAUUAUGAUUAUGAACUCAAGGGCCUGUCAUACAGACUCAUUUCCCGCCUUGAGGAACUAAGUAGAUACAGGGCCGAUGUAAAGAGUGAGAUGGAGAAUCUUCUCGGCAGGAUUGAACGAGCCGAAUGGGACAUCGACUACCUGGAGACUGCGUCCCCUUCAAACACGUGCGUGGAGAUGGACGAGCGACUGGUGAAGACUCAACUGGAAAAUGCAGAAGAAGAAAAAAGAAAAAUCAUGCAAAAAUUAAACACAAGUUGUGCCACUAUGUUAGCGAAAAUCAAGUCCCAGAAGAUGGUGAAAAGAUCUGGCGGCGCCGUCGGUUCCUGGAUGAGGAACGCAGGGAACAGCUCAGAGGGUAUAUAUUUCUUUAGUGGCAGUAACGGGGACACAUUUCUAGAAUUUACAAAUAUGGAGGACUUCACCAACAUAGAUUCCAUGGAAAAGGCCAAGAACGUCUCACUGCCGUAUCCCUGGCAAGGUACCGGGCAGGCCGUGCACAACAAUUUCAUGUUUUUCCACAGAAAUGGCACCUUGAAUGAAAUAGUUAAAUAUGAUCUGAGGGGCGAGAAUGUCACAGGGAUAUUGGAACUAGCAGGGGCCGGUAGCAUUCCGCCCUAUCAGCUGUCCCCAUUCACAUUCAUUGACCUGGGCUUUGAUGAGCACGGCCUGUGGUCCAUGCAUGGAGAUGCAGGCAAUGGUGGGAAUAUCGUUCUUACAAAGAUUGACUAUCGGACUAUGGUCAUGGAACAGUCUUGGAACACGUCCUGCCAGAGCGCCAAUGCCGAGGCGGCCUUUGUCCUAUGUGGGACACUGUACGUGGUGUAUAACACGGCCAGCGGGGGGCGAUCCCAUAUUGAUUGCAUCUAUGACACUUCCGGCAUCAUAACUGAAAACAAGAUGUCCACCUUAUAUUUCCUGAGGCGCUACAGCAGCCAUGCCUCCAUUAAGCAUAACCCCAUAGAGAAGGCACUUUAUGCUUGGGAUGAGGGGUACCAGACUGUCUAUAAAUUCGAUACAAGGGCCAAAUAUGAACAUCCAUGAUGGACCCUACACAAGGUGCCUUAUGCAUGUGUUUUGGCACCAGUAUAAAAAUACCAUCAGCACUGAGCAUAGACAGUGAGACCCCUCUAAGGCAAGAAAUAUGGCGGCUAUUACUGGCGAAUCCACCCUUCGACCCUCCAUCUGUUGUUGGACUACAGCUCACAGAAACAGAGUGGGAUGCUGGUCCAUGGGUCACCACUAGGGGCAACAGUGUGUGGGGUAGAGGCAAACAUAGGCAUCAUUCUAUCUUUCCUAUUCCUGGUUUUUACCUUUACUGAUAUCUCUAUCCCUGAUCACUCUAUGGUAAAGCCCUGUAUCAGGUCAAGUACCUGCGGGUUUACUGCAAAAAAGUGGGUAUUUUGUGGGUUGCUGGUAGGACUUCUGUAACCCUCAACCUCCCACUCCCUACCUGAACAGAUCCCAACCCAGUAAGCCAUCAUUACCCAUACACCCAUGCCCAACCUACCCAUCUCUGAUGUCACCAGAAGGGGUGGGGCAGGCAGGCCCAAGUAUAUGAAUAAGCCAAUGGAAGGCAGUUGUCAGUGGAAUUGGGUGUUAACGUUGUAGGUGGGGUGGGCUGUGGGUAGCAUUUGGCCCAUCCCCCAUCUGUUAAAAAUGUGCUUUUCCACCCAAACCCACUCAAAGCAAGAGUUUUGGGCUGAACUGCACAUUACUAGACUUCCAGAUGCCUGUAUGGGUGUGAGUCAGUGGGUUUGGGUCAGGUCACAGGACUUAAUAUAAACAGAUUUUGCUCCUUUUUUCUGUUUUUAUUUUACCUUCUUUGGCUUCUGAUGAUGUCACUCACUUCUGGCUUUCAAUGAUGUCACUUCCAUAUUGCAGUGAUGUCACUUCCAGUUUCAUUGUGAGUUGCAGAAUUCAGACAAAGCAGUUAUGGGUUGGAUCAGCUAGUGGGUCCAAGCGUGUCCAGGUUUGGGUCGUGGAUCUGGGUCCCAUCGUAGCCCAUACAGCAGGCCAUUUUCCUCAGUCUGUAUUAUUUAUAGUAAUGGGUUUCAGAUAAGCCACACAGAAUAAACAAGAACUCUGUAGUGUGGGAGUAAUUGUGCCAGCACAGUCGCAAGAGCCUUUAUAAAAGCCGGGGAAAGCCCUGCAACAGGAGUAUUACUGUACAGGUGUCUCUUUGCCUUUAUUCCUUUUCUUUACAUAAAUACAAAAGGACAAAAGGAAAAUCUUUUGCACAAAUGCCCCUUGUAAUCCCUAACAUGGCGCCAUGCAGAGGCGGCACGCAUUGCAGCUCCAGAUGCAUCACGUCAGUAUUUCUAUACGGGGAACCCAUUAGCCAUCGGUACCGAGUAAGAACUGAUGAAUUUGCUGUUGUGCAAAAGUGAUGUGCUGUUAAUGUUUAUUGUAAUCACGAUUAUUACUGUAACAAAUAUAUAAGCAAUGUGAGAGCAAUAGUUUGGUAAUUAGAGAUUAAAGUCCAUAAUAACAUGAA